AUGGCCACGCGUCUCCAGCAAGCGGAAGCCGAAGCCGACACGACGCGGCAAAAGCGAUGGGCACCCAAGGUCCGCACAGGCUGUCAAACCUGCCGAGCUCGCCGGGUCAAGUGCGACGAGACGCAGCCGCGGUGCAAACGGUGCAUCAAGAGGGGUCUCGCAUGCCAGUACACGCUCCGGCACCAGCCGGUGACGCAGGUCCGGCCGCUGGCGCCGCUCGUGCAGGCCGAUCCCCCGAGCUGGCACUACAUGGAGGCUAUCCGGUACUACUGCGCCUUUGUCCGGCCGGUCCGCGUGGCCCAGCACGGCGGCCACGACAUCCAGGACCCGCCGUUCCACACGGGCGACGCCAUGUCGGCGCGCUUCGUCUGCCAGAUCAUCGGGCACCGGGCGCUGACCGUUUCGCGCAGGCGCGGCCGGCUCGUGUCGUUUUGGGACGACGCGCAGUUUGCGUCGAUGCGGAAAACGUACUCGCGCUACCUGAUGGAGUUUCUCGCCAUCGUGAACGGCUGUCUCCGCGACCGCGCCGGCGGCACCUGGAAGGCGUUCCACUACCUCUGGAGCCUGCUCUCGUUUGACCUCACGCUCAACGAGUCGCUGUGGGCGGCGCACGUCAACGGCGCGCUGGCGUAUGCGCAGCUGCUUGGCGGGCCGAUGGCGGCGCUGCGCCUGCCCGGACCAACUAUUUUCUUUCGGCAGAUGGUUCUAAACGCAAUUGUGAGCAAUGCCACAAGUCCCGCGGCGAAGCAGAUUACGGGCCAUCUCGGCUACACGGACGAGGAGAUCAGGGCUGUUCUUGCAGACGAGGAUAGCAUAUGGCCUUUUCCGGUUGAUCUGGUUGUGGUAACCAAGCACAUUACCGAAGUACGAGUGCAGGCCGCUUUCCAGACCAAGAAGGCCGCCGUGUUGCAGCAUCGCAUGCAGCAUCUCCUCCAAACGAUCAACGCAUUUGACCCCGAUACGUGGGCAGCGGACCUUGCGAUCGACAAAGGACCCACGACGCCAGCUAUUGGACGCAUCUUCCAAAUCGCCACCCGACUCUACGGCAUCAUCGCCCUACCCGUCUCCGUCACGGCGGCGGCGCCCAAAGCCACGGACCCCGGUGUCGCUUCCAGAGACAGGCUGCGCGUCACGCAGCGCGCCGAGUUGCUAGCGCGUCUCCGGGACGUCUGGCCGUCCCUGCCGGACGCGGACAACAUGGUGUGGCCGCUGCUGGUGGCCGGCGUGACCUUGACGGACGGACAGGCCGAGGACCGCGCGUUUGUGGUGGGCUGCCUGGACGGCAUGUGGCGGAGAACCUUGGCCGACGUAGCGCCCCUGCUGGGCUUGGAGAAGCUGCGGCGCUUCUGGCAGUCGGGCAAGCGAGGCUGGGAGGACUGCUUUCAUGAGCCUGUGCCGCGGUAG